GAGAUACAAGACCGACCCCUCAGCCUGUGUUGACUGGACCAGAAGAAGUUCACCAGAAGCCACUGCACCUCUUUCAGUAGGACUGAUGGUGGCACCAACACGAUGAGCUUGUGCCACAGAGAUGAUGCGACCAGGUUAUUCACUAUCAGAGCUCUUCCCCUAUAGGACAGAUUUUGCAGGUGAAUCUAGUGAUGUCCAUCCUGCUGUACGUGAUGGUCCUUGUGUACCUAUAUGGUAUUCAGGCAUCCAGCAUGAACAGCAGCCACCAGGGACAGCAGCAGCCGCCAAGUCCUGACCCAUUGAACUCGCUCAUAAUCCAACUGCUUCAGGCUGACCUGACAAGAGAGAGGAUCCAGGGGAACCACAACCAGCAAGAGAGAAGCAUGGGCAAGGAGCAGCAGGAUACCCUCCCCCCUCCCCUGGGUCCACGAUUACCAUUCAAGGAGCAGGAGGAUGCAGAGCAGUGGGGGGCAGGGGGGCGCAGUGGUGGGAGCAGCGAAGGGGCUAUGGAGCAGCAAGUGAUGCUGGUGAACUCGGACAUCCUGAGGACACACAAAAGGUACAUUUCACCUCGGGUGGUGCUGAGUGACCGGCCGCCACUGCAGCCACCUCCUCUGUACCUCGCGGAUGAUUUUGUAAGCGCCGGACCAGAAGGAGCAGCAGGAAACAAGACGCGGAAGAAGCGGCAAGCCGAACACCGCAGUUACCGUGGAGAAUAUUCUGUCUGUGACAGCGAGAGCAAGUGGGUGAUGGAUAAAACCAAUGCUGUGGACAUUAAGGGAGAAAAUGUGACCGUGAUGGCCAAAAUUAAAACCUUUGACAAGCGGGAGAUCAAACAAUUCUUUUUUGAGACAAAUUGCCGGGACCACAGGUCCCAAAGAAACAGGUGCAGGGGGAUUGACGACAAGAACUGGAACUCGGAGUGCAAGACGGCACAGACAUUUGUCCGAGCACUAACACAGGUUCACAGCUCAGUGGGAUGGAGGUGGAUACGCAUAAACACUUCCUGUGUCUGUGCGUUGUCAAGGAAACGUCACAGGACGUAACCAAGACCAAGUGAGCUCCAUCAAGAACUACCCGUGUGGAGUUACACUUCGUUCAUGGGAUUUUAUUUCCACAGCAGACCACACCACAGGGUUAGGUGUCGUGGACAGAACAGCAACGUUCUGCUGCAAAUGAUAGAUCUGAAGAAGUCUUGGGUCUGUGUGAAUGCUAUUUCAAACCAACGUGCUGCAAGCUGUAAUGAAAGAACUAAUUUUAGAUGAUGGGGGAGGGAGGACUGUGCAAAGAAAAACUGUAUAUAUAAGUUAUUUAAAUUAUACGAAAUGCAUGUAGUGAAUACAUGGUUAUCUAUCUUUAUAUGAUCUAUGACUAUAUUUGUGUUAUUUAUUGAAAGAAGUCUUCCUUAAAAUGAAAAUAAGACACAAAGCUUAUAACUGACUUUAAAACUAUAAUGCAAAGCUAGGGCUGCACAGGUGCUUCAAAGUGAGACUUUAUAAGUGCCUUCACUGAACAGGCCAUUGCAACAACAUUUGCUGUAAAUGUUGUUUGCAGCAAGUCUGUUAUAAAGCGACCCAUCAGCAGGGACCCGACCUGUCCCACCAACCGACAUGGAGCCCACACUUGAAGCUGCAACGAUACAGGCGACUCAGUCAGAGGUUGCUACACAUCCAAAAUUCAGACGUGUAACAAAAUCCAGAAAACCCAUUUUCAGUGUCUUCCAAAUGAUGUCAACUGACAUGGAUUCGAGUAAACACACCCACAAUAUCAAUUUGUUCUCACGUUUUAUGGUUUUGUUUGUUUCCUCCUUUGAAUAGGAAGCCCACAUAUCUAAGAAUGGGAAAUUUUGUAUUUAAAAAAAAUACCAAUUUCAAAUUGUUACAGUGCCAAAAAUUGGAUAACAUAUGUUAGAGGAUAAUAAAUUGCUUUAGUACUCACA